UAGCACUGCAGGUGGCGCCUCAGUUUUGGGGGAUCGUUCCACUGAGUGCGGACCGUUAUUCUAACUCUAGUGUUUUGCGAAGUGAUUUUAACUUCUUUGGACGAUUUAUUUUUACUGGACGUUACAGCCGCACAUUUAUCUGCACGGUAGAUCAGGGAAGGAGAGCUCAAGGACGCUGCGGACAGGGGAUAAUACACGUUCGGGAUCUAAAAGGCAAAAUGAGGCGGUUUGUUGUGAUAUACAUUUGGCUCGCGAGGGAUUUUCUCCUCGUCCUGAGUGUUGGUUUGAAGGACGCACCGAGACUUGGAUCCAAAAACACUCCAAGGCUUCUGAGCAGAGGUACAGUCAAAGGUGGAUUUGACUACCCAGAGCCCCAGAAACACAGUGUUAUCUUUUACCAUGAAGACUCUGCGGACAUAUAUGUGGGAGGAACUGACUUUGUGUUAAAACUAGACAUGGAUGACAAUAACGUCAAAGAGAAAUUCCUUCUGAAAACAUCAGGCCAACAGCUCUGCAAAGAGGGCUCCUGUGAAAAUGUCAUCACGGUUAUUGAGAUGUUUCAGGACAGCACGUUUGUCUGUGGAACGAAUGGACUCAAGCCCCAGUGUUGGAAACUAUUUUCAUCAGUGAACAAUCAAUCUCACGAAAUAGUGGAGAGUUAUGAGGGAACGGGGAUCUCUCCAUCUGUGUACACACAAAACUCCCUGUCCCUCACAGUAGACGGGGAUCUCUAUGCUGCAGCUUCUGUGGAUAACGAUAGAAGUUCAUUACAAUUCAGAAGGAAAGCUGGUGGAAGAGCUAAUGUCUGGAUGUAUGACAGCUGGGUCUCAGAGCCCACGUUCAUCUCUGCCUCCUGGGUGAAGCGAAUUGAAGACCCAGACCAAGAGAAGAUUUACAUCUUUUUCCGGGAAAAGAACUCGGACCAUAGCCCAGAGGCUGACCCCUGGAUAUCUAGGGUCGCCAGGGUUUGCAAGGUGGAUGAAGGCGGAUCAAAAAGAUUUUUCCAGAACAUGUGGACCUCUUUCCUGAAGGCCCGUCUCGUCUGUGGGUUUCCAGAAGAGUCUCUGUAUUUCAACCGUCUCCUUGACAUUUUUGUGAUUCACGCUGACGAUUGGCGCAACACCAGAGUCUACGCACUUUUUUCAAGCAGCUGGAACUCAACAGCAGUUUGCAUCUACUCCAUGGAAAUGAUUGAAGAAAUAUUUGAGAACUCAACUUUCAAAGGCUACGACAAAGAAAUUCCCAAACCACGGCCGGGAACAUGUGUGAAAAACAGCAAGAGUCUGCCGCUGCCCACAGUCAAAAUGGUGAAGGACUACCCGGAGAUGACUGAGUGGGUUCACUCUGUGCAAUACACAGCUCCAUUUUAUAUCAGCAGAAACAACUACACCAAACUAGCAGUGGACCAAGUUCAAGCUGUGGACGGGCACAAGUAUAACGUCCUGCUUCUAGCCACGGACUCCGGAAAGGUCCAUAAAAUCCUUGAGGCUGGAUCUGAAGCUUUUAUCAUCUCAGAAACACAACUCUCCAACAGUUCAACUGUACAAUCAAUGAAAAUUGACUCCAAGAAGAAAAAGUUAGUCGUGGGGUUUUCAGAGAAAGUCUCCAUCAUGGACCUGCAGAGGUGUCAGCGGUACAACAACUCCUGUGCUGAAUGUGUUUUGGCCCGGGACCCUUACUGUGCCUGGACUCAGUUUGGAUGCAACUCGACUGUUCAUGGAGGCAUUCAGAAUAUCAUGAAUGGGCAAAUAAAUGUGUGCUCUGAAUCCUUAGAAGAACCGAAGACAGUAAACCGCACCAAACGGGAUGUAGUUGCGUCACUAGAGAAUCCGAUAGCUGUUCAUUCAGUUCCCCUGGGUGUCCCCUUCUACCUGUCGUGCCCCAUAGACUCUUACCACGCUGUCUACACCUGGGAGCACAGAGACCAGAGAAGCCCGUGUCUGCAGAUGCAGUCUAACUGCCUGCACCUCAUCCCUGCCAUGGCACAAGAGAACUACGGCGACUACGAGUGUGUUUCCAAAGAGAAAGACUACAGAAAAGUGGUGAUAAAAUAUCAGCUUACGGAGCAACUGAUCGCAGACACAAAGACAAAGAUGGGGAGCGACAGCUCUCAUGACAUAAAUGAUGCAUCGGCUGCUGUGUCACAGACAGUACUUAUCAUUCUAGCACUGGCUGUAGAAAUGUUGCACUAAUUAAUUUAUUCUAUCAGCAAUAAUUCUCAGGCUUUGGGUCACUGCAGGAGAGAGUCCGGCCAGGAUGCAGGCGGUGCUAAAGGAAUUGUGCAGUAACAUCAACAAAGCUCAAAGAGGAACACUCCCGCUGUGAUCCUAAAACCUUCUUAAUGCAACCGCUCACAUAGUAGAUGUGCUUGGCAGAAAAGUAACUGUAGGUUAGUUAAGUGGAGUUUCUUAAAGAGAAACCAGAACAGGAACAGGAUGGCGUGAUGGAGGGAGAAAGCAAAACACAUAUUGGCAGCAAGAUGCCGCUUUGUUCUGAGGCGCCCUAAUGGUGUUUGUUUAGAUCUUGACUUUGAGCAUGAAGCAUUAAGCCCUGCAACUUUUCAAUCAGAACUUAUCUUUCUUCAAAGAAAAGGAAAUAACGGAGGGUUUAAGAAGGAAUCUGAUGGAAUUUCUUUUAAGUGUUACACCCAAACCAAGCACAAAAGUUAAAUGCUGAGAUCACGAGUGAAUAAGCUCCCAGUCACAUGGCCACAGGUAAUAUGCAGUGAUUGGGUUUGGUGUAUUUCUAAGUACGACACAUAUAGAGGCCAGCUUCUCCUUCUCUGCUUCAUUAGAGCUCAGGAAAAAAUGUAAUGUUCCUCUGUGAAUUUCCUCUGUGGCCCCUUUAGGGAAGUAAAUGGUAAAUAGUCUGUAUUUAUAUAGAGCUUUUCUAAUCUUGAUGACCACUCAAAGCGCAGUACAGAACAUAUUUCCCUUCACCAACUCACACUGUGCAUCUAUGGGCAGCCCUUUCUCUAUGAGAAGGGCGCAACCUCCAGGGGGAAUUUUGGGUUUAGUAUCUUGCCCAAGGACACUUCGGCAUGUGGAAGGCUGGGAACCAACUGCCGAAUUUCUGGUUAAAUAACAACGCUUGCUACCCGUUGAGCCACUAUCCAGAAAGGAAGCUAAAAUAUAAUAAUAUUUAACGCUUUUAGAGCUGUAGAGAUGAAGGAAGGGAUAUGAAUCAGGAAGGUCCGUCGAUACAUUUGCUUGAGCGUUCGUGAGUCAGUCACAGCUGUCAAUCACAAUGUUUUUUUAUAACAUCGAAUGACUAAUUAAGAACAAACUUACUGGAAAAUGAUCACUUGAGUUAAGAACUACUUAAAAUGACAGGAGCAAUUUGUGAUAAUGGUCCAUUUGCCAUCCACUAACAUGGAGGAGGAAGCAUUUGUGGCAGCAGCCAACCACCAGGUGGUGAUCAGUACACUUUGGCUUUACUUCUUCACGGGAGCCGUCAUGUCGUCCAUCAUCAUACAGUCUAUGGUUUUAACAGUCAGUGUCAGCGAGCUGCUUGAAAAAUGUACAACUCCUUCUGGAAGGCACAUCAACUUUGGCCAAAACAUGUAAAUGUCACUGAGUUCUAUUAAAAUACAGAAAAAGGGAUCAACAUUAUCUGUGGUCAGAGUUAGCUAAUGCUAAACAGGUCAAUUGGCGAGAGCGACGUUAAUAUUAUUUAAUAUUUAUCAAAGUGCAAUGAGGUGAGCAGUAGUGUGACUUAUUUUGUUUCAAUUCAACUUAUCAUUGGUAAGAAGAAUUACGUUUGACCUUUUCUGCAAUAGUCUCAGUGUGUAGAAUUUAGUGACAUCUAGUGGUGGAGUUGCAUGUUGCAGCUGAAUACCCCUCACCUCACCCUCCACUUGCAAAAAUGGAGGACAACCUGUGGCAGCCUUCAGUUGUCAUAAAAACUCAAAAGGUUUUUAGUCUGUCCAGCUUGGAGGACUUUAAAAAACAUGGCGGCCUCCAUAGAGAGGACUCACUCCUGAUGUAAAUAUAAAGUAUUUAAAUAUAAAGGGCCCAUUAUAGAGAAAAGAAACAAUUUAGAUGAAACACACUAGAGAAAACAUCUCUAAGAUUAUUUGAAUAUUCAAUUUCUGCCAAUAAUUCCCUUUCACCUAAAUAUUACACACUGGAUGUUUAAUGCGAGACUCUUUAAUAACUACUAAGCUUGAUAUUUAUUAUGUACAUAUUAGUUAAAUUUUAUCAUAUAUUUUAUUACUAAAUCUUGUUUCAUAUCAGAUAUUUUAUAAGUGCAACCAAUGUCACCUCCCUACAAUUGUUCACUAAUGAUUGCUUGAAAAUGUAUGUAAACUGUACUGAUGUGCUGAUUAUUAAAUCUAAAAAGAAAUAAGACCUGAAAAAUCACAA